UCAAACGCAAGGCCUUCUGGGCGUUGUAGUACUCGGAUCCCUCUGAUCAGCGGCACCGAGGGGGAAGGGCAGAAGGCGUGCGGUCGAGGGGCAGGGCAAGAGAGGGCCGGGGAUCAGCGUCAUACAGAUAGGGGCUGUCGGUGAUAGGGUUUGGGCGGGGAGUAGGCUGUCUUCUUACAGAUGUUGCCUGAAUUGCUGAGUUUCUCCGGCAGUUUCUGUUUUAGACCUCCAGCAUCCGCAGUUCUUUGUUAUACUAUCUGAAGAGGGUACAAGCUAGAAGGCAACGCAAAGUGGCUAAGAAACGGUGCUUAAGGACAGAGACUCCUACGGGGCUGAUGGGUAGUGGGCGGGGCUGAAGGUUGCCAGUUGGAAGGGGCCAGGACUUAUCGUGAGCUUGGCAGGCCGAGUGCACGAUGGGAGUGGCGGUUGUUUAAGAUGGCGAAGGCACGGAAUCUGGUGAGUGAAGUGUUCUGGAGCAAAGAUCCAUCAGAUGAAGAACAACCCACGGUCUUUGUGCCAGGAUUGCUAAUGGAAGGAAACAUUAGACCUGAAUCAAAUGUGAAAAGUAAAACUCAAGAAGUUGGAGACAAACUUUCACUCCAGUCUGGUUCUGUUUUUGUAAAUCCCUUGAAGACCAAAUCUGGAAAGCAAUCCAUGCCAAACAAGGUUAUGAAGGAGCACAAAGGUACCAAGAGUGCAUCUUUGAAGGAUCUUUGCCCAGAGGACAAAAGGCGCAUUGCUAACUUAAUCAAAGAGCUUGCAAGAGUAAGUGAAGAGAAAGAAGAAACUGUAGAACGAUUAAAGGCAGAACACGAAUCAUUUGAAAAGAAAAUCAAAGAACUGGAGGACCAAAAUGAGCUCAUUGUCACGGAACAGGAAGCCUUGCAACAGCAGUAUCAAAAAUGCCAGAAACUCCUAAGGGUUUACCAAAAUUAUCUCUCUGAACAGAAAGAAGAAUUGAACCAGUGCUUUCCUGAGUUCCGCAACAAUAAGGAAAAGGUAUGUAGUGAGAAGAAUCCGCCCCACCUGGCGCCUUCAGCCCUAGAUGGCUCCUGUCUUGGAAUUGUACCUGCUUGUACCUUAAAUACUUCUGGCAAAGCUAAACAAGUGCUUGUUGGUCCAUCCUUUGCACCACAGCCUGACCCAGGUCUGUAUUCCGCAAACCGCAAUUCUGUCAAGCAAGUUCAACAUACUGAAAGUUUUCCAUCUCGGGAUGGUUAUGGUACAAAAUCUGGCAAUAUAAUUCAGGGAGAGCCACUUGCGGACGGACAUUAUAACAUGAACAAACAGGUAGAUGUGGGUGCUGUGCAGUCUGGUACCUUUUGUGAUUCUGAUGUCGGUCAAUCUUCACACUGUGGAUGGUUGAGAAAUAGAGAGCUUGUUGAUGAAAAUCAAUUGACCAACAUACGAAAUGGGCAUUUAAAGCCAUUAAUUGAAUGCAGUUGCUGCACUGGAAUAUCUCAUGAUCCAGCAAUGAAUAACCAAGUGGGAAUAAUGGCUGAAGAAGUUUUGAACGGAAAGAAGCUGCUCAUUGACCAAAAGCAGCAACUGAUCUGUCAGAAAAUGGAGCUGGAGCUGGAAAAAGAAAGACUACAAAGAUUGCUUGCUCAGCAGGAGACCCUUUUCUUCCGAAAGCAACAACAAUUACAUGAGUCAAGGUUGGAUUACAGCAGGUACUUGAGGACAGAGGAUGAUCUUUCACAUGGUAAUUUGCAACAUCAGGAAAGAAACAUCAAAGGAUCGAUGACAGAACCAUGGGAAAAAUUAAUCACUGGAAACAGAAUGAUAGAACCUUUUGAUCCAGAAUUGAAUGCCUUUAGGGGUACAGGUCCUUUGUACCCUCCUCAUGCUCAAACUAAUGAAACAGGCACUCCACUUUUGAAAAAAGAUGUGGCUACUUCUCCCCUUCUAUUACUUACCAAAAAUGAACGUGUCAACACAGCAACAUCACCCUUUUGGGUUGACUCAUCGAGCAAUGAAGCCUCCCUUGUUCAUUUGGUGGACGCAUUGAGUCCAAUUUCCUUACAAAAGCAUAAUUUGCAAAUCAAGGAAGGAAAUGGAAAACGAAGAAAAAACAGCACAGUGCACAGCAGAAAACAUCAAAAUCUUGCUAAGGCUGGAACAGCUCCAACAGACAGUGGGGAUUCAGAUGAAGAACUCGAAGAAAGCAGAAUGUUAGAGGAUGUUUUCUUCAUUUAAGAAAAAGGGUAGAACAUUCUCACUGACAUGAAUGAACUAUCAUGAUUUUUUCAAUUCUUUUAACAAAACAAUGCCAUGUUGAAGAAUGCUUCAGCAGUCGAUUGAUGUGCACCAUCCAAAAGCCUCUCUUUAACCUUUAAUGCUUUGGAGCAUUGUGGCAAAGUGUGCUUUACUGGGUUAAUGCAAAAUGUAAAAUGAUUAGCAAGCUACAUUGGGAUUCAUUAAAACUGAUAACUACAGUAUA